GGAGUUAAAGUUUAGGAUAUUGAAUUGCAGUUCAAUCUACUGCCUCAUCACACACACACAAACUCCUAUAUUACAUUGAGAAAUCAAAAACAAUGGUAAUCAAUUCAAUUUCAAUGGGCACUGCUUCUGCUUCAUCUUUCUCGUUUCCGCUUCUCAUAGGAACCUCACCUUCUCCUUCAACUGCUCCUCGAGCUCGAGCACAACCGCCUAUGGCAGUGGCAUCUUCUUCGGAGCCGCCGACAAAGUUGCUCACUUUUCUCGGCAAAGGUGGCUCUGGAAAAACCACCGCCGCUAUCUUCGCCGCUCAGCAUUAUGCAUUGGCUGGAUUGAACACAUGUUUAGUGCUACAUGGCCAAGACACCACUGCUGAGUAUCUCCUCGACUGUAAGAUUGGAACGUCCCAUGUUGUAUGCAGCAAGAACCUUUCAGCUGUUAGGUUGGAAACAACCAAAAUGCUUCUUGAACCUCUAAAACUUCUCAAGCAAGCAGAUGCCCAGCUUAAUCUGACACAAGGCACACUUGGAGGGAUUGUUGGAGAAGAGCUUGGCAUCCUGCCUGGGAUGGACUCAAUCUUUUCGGUACUUGCACUUGAGAAGCAAGUGGGAUUUUUGGGGACUGCAGCUUCAAAGAGACAACAAGACAAAUUUGACCUAAUAGUAUAUGAUGGUAUCAGCAGUGAGGAAACCUUGCGGUUCAUAGGUGGAAGCAGUAAAGCAAGAUUGUACUUGAAAUAUCUCCGCACAUUGGCUGAGAAAACUGAGCUAGGGAGAUUGGCUGCUCCUUCACUCCUGAGACUAGUGGAUGAGGCCGUGAAAAUAAGUAGCAGCCGAUCAUAUUUCAAUGGGAGAGGGAGUUCAGAAACAUGGGACAAUUUGGAUCAACUUCUAGAGCGAGGAUCUUCUGCAUUCUCAAACCCACAGAGAUUUGGUUGCUUCCUUGUUAUGGAUCCAAAUAAUCCAACCUCUGUUAACUCUGCAUUAAGAUAUUGGGGGUGUGCAAUUCAAGCUGGUGCUCAAGUUUCUGGUGCUUUUGGGGUUCGGCAAAAAAAUAUAGAAUCAUUGGAUAGAGUAAAGAAGGAUUUUUCACCCUUGCCUUCUGCUUCCAUUUCAAGUUUGUCAAUGAGUAGCCCUAUAGAUUGGAGCAGAGUUCUAGUGGACACCAUCAAUGAAGAUGCUAGGCAUCUUCUGACUUCACUAUCAAAUCAAACCAGUAGUAUGACAUCGUCAGUUAAAUUUGAUAUUAAAAGAAAAUCAGUGACACUCUUCAUGCCAGGUUUCGACAAAUCAGAGAUCAAACUAUACCAAUAUAGGGGAGGAUCUGAGCUGUUGGUAGAAGCAGGAGACCAAAGACGUGUCAUUGCUUUGCCUCCAGGAAUUCAAGGAAAGGUUGGCGGAGCCAAAUUCGGGGACAGAAGUCUUGUUGUUACAUUGCUGUAACCUAAUUUUUUUUUUUAAAUCUGAGCCCUGAACUCAUACCUGCUAAUGACUAUUGAAACCUCGGCAGAGGCAAUUACGUGAAGGAAUAAGUGUAGGUAGGACAUUGUUACUGGUUUUACAUCAUAUAUUUGGAGAAUGCCUGUUUUGUUUAUUUAAGUGUAGGAAAUGUGUCACUUGUUCAUUUUCUCCUUUGACAUUUACAAUGUAAUCAUAGACCUCCAACUGUCUGAUCAAAAUAAUCUCAUGUAGAGUGUGUUGAGUUGCUACAUUGAUACAUAAAUGUUGUAACCUUUUUGUUGCAAUUUAUACUAUAUAUUAUGCAUUUUUCUAGA